AGCGUUAAAAAGAAGAAGAAACAAGAAGCUAACUGAAUCACUGAGCGAAUCCGCUCCAUUUCAUGAUUUUAUGAUUUUUCUUUUAGGAUUUAAUUAUCUUAAUUAUCUGAUUAUCCUGUAUUAAUAGUCUGUGUCUCUUUAAAUGUGGUGACACGCCCACGCCUGUCCCGCGUGCUCUCGCGGCUAAAUGUGGUUGGUAGGUUACCAGCGCUAAGCGACCGGCAGCGUUUGUUUCGCGACUUUCAACCAAUCAGAUCGUCCGCAGCGUUUCCCUGUAAGCCAAUCAGAGUGUAGGGUUUGAGUGGCAGUUUAAAAAUCGUUCUUUCGGCUUCAAUCUAAAAAACUGCUGAUCACGCUUGUCUUGUGCACUACGCAGGGCACAGGUAGAGUGUACUUUAACACACUACAUAGGGCGCAAGAAGGCGUUUGAGAUUCAGCCUAGUCAACCGCUGUCAGUAUAAAAGGUGCUGUUUUGUUUAACGCUGUUGGAAGUGAAUGCUGUAAUAUAGUUUCCGCUGAGCUAGUGUAGUGUUUGCAUUGCAUUAACACCAAGUUAACGCUACUUUACUUCAUCCAAACAUUAUAGGAUUGUUUUGUUUCAGUGUUUUUGUUCACAAUGCCGUCCCGCACGGAGGAUUACGAGGUUCUCAGCACCAUCGGCUCGGGCUCGUACGGAAAGUGCCAGAAAAUUAGGAGAAAAUCAGACGGAAAGAUCCUGGUGUGGAAGGAGCUGGAUUACGGCACCAUGGCAGAGGUGGAGAAGCAGAUGUUGGUGUCCGAAGUGAACUUGCUGCGAGAGCUCAGACACCCUAACAUUGUCAGAUACUAUGACCGCAUCAUUGACCGCACAAACACCACGCUGUAUAUCGUGAUGGAGUUCUGCGAGGGCGGGGACCUGGCCACUCUCAUAUCCAAGUGCAUUAAAGAGAGGAGAUAUCUGGAAGAGGAGUUUAUCCUGCGUGUCAUGACUCAGCUGGCUUUGGCGCUGAAAGAGUGUCAUGGCCGAAAAAAUGACGGCGGCAGCACAGUUCUUCAUCGUGAUCUGAAACCUGCUAACAUUUUCCUCGAUGCCAAGCAGAAUGUAAAACUUGGAGAUUUUGGCCUGGCACGGAUACUCCGACAUGAGACAAGCUUUGCUAAAACCUUUGUGGGAACUCCAUAUUACAUGUCACCUGAACAAAUGAAUCACAUGUCCUACAACGAAAAGUCAGACAUCUGGUCUUUAGGAUGUUUGCUGUAUGAACUCUGUGCUUUGUCACCUCCAUUCACAGCCUAUAACCAAGAGGAACUGGCUGAGAAGAUCACAGAGGGAAAAUUUAGAAGGAUUCCCUAUCGAUAUUCCAAUGAGCUGAACACGCUGCUGUGCAGGAUGCUGCACCUAAAGGAUUACCUGCGUCCCUCUGUGGAGUCGAUCCUCCAGAGCUCAUUAAUCUCCACAUAUGUGGCCCGGGAGCAGAAGAAGGCUCAAGCGAGGCAGCAGCGGGGGUCAUGUGACCUGGAGCAGCCUAAACUGGCAGAACUGAAGCUGAAGGAGCAGGCACUACGCCAGCGAGAGCAGGACCUCAAGGAGCGAGAAGAGAGACUGGAGCAGAAGGAGCAGGAGCUGUGCAUCAGAGAGAGACUAGCCAACGAGAAGCUGGCCAGAGCAGAGAGUUUGAUAAAGGGCUAUAAUGUGAUGAGGCAGCAGAGGGCACACUCUCCACUGUUUACAGAAGACAAAGAGGAAAGUGAGAACAUAUCACCUGGAAAGAAGAAAGUCCAUUUUGCAGGCGACAACAAGGAGAACUUUUGGGCUGAGCAGAGAGUCGGCAUCAGACCUCAAGAGCAUGUACUCAUUAAGAAACUGCACAAUGUUAACAUAGGAGAUGUGGAGAGGAAUUAUCCGCUGAAGAUAAGGCCCAUACAGGGUUUUCGCUAACACUGACUGAUUUCAGCUGUGUAUCAGCCCUGAGGAAUGACAGACUCUUUACAAAGCUUCUACUAAAGACUUCACUAUAAGCUUUGUAUAAAAAUCUUCCUUAUAGGACACAAUCAUCUGUAGCUGGACAUCUUGGCCUUGUUUUAAGUUCAUGCCUUUUCAUACAGCUUAAUAUCAAGGAUUUCAAGAAAUCUUAUUUAUUGUGUUUAGAAAGUGCAAGUUUGGCUAAUGGUCUAACACUGGAUAAUUGUAUUUAAUGUUAUGUGUUUGUCAUAGUGUGUGUUAAGUUUAUUUUUGGCAUAUUUUAGUAGUGUUUUGAAAAAUCUUCUUGUACAUGAUCAAAAGAAAAGGAAAAAGUUUCUUGUCU